GCGCCCCUCCCCUCCCCCUCUCUCCUCCUCUCCUCUCUCGCGGAGGGGACCGGAUAAGAUCGAGAUCCCCUCCGCCUCCGGCGAGGUCGGUCGAAAAUCCGAGGGGCGAGAUGGACGCGCGGUUCGCGCACUCGCCGGCGGAGGCGGCCAAGGUGCAGCUGGUGCAGUUCGGCAUCCUCAGCCCCGACGAAAUCAGACAAAUGUCGGUGGCGGUGAUAGAGCAUGCAGAGACCAUGGAGAAGGGGAAGCCCAAGCCUGGUGGUCUGAGCGACCCUCGCCUGGGCACCAUUGACCGCAGAACCAAGUGCGAGACAUGCAUGGCCGGGAUGGCCGAGUGCCCGGGCCACUUCGGCCACCUCGAGCUCGCAAAGCCCAUGUUCCACAUCGGCUUCAUCAAGACCGUGCUCUCCAUCAUGCGCUGCGUCUGCUUCAACUGCUCCAAGAUCCUCGCCGACGAGGAUGAGGAUGAGAAGGGUAAUAACAAGUUCAAGCAGGCUCUGAAAAUCAAGAACCCAAAAAAUAGAUUACGAAAAAUACAGGAGGCUUGCAAGAGCAAAAAGGUUUGCUCUGCGGGUGAGGAUGAUCUUGAGGGUCAGGACACCGAUGAGCCAGUGAAGAAAAGAGGUGGCUGUGGUGCUCAGCAGCCAAAGAUCACAGUUGAUGGUAUGAAGAUGGUUGCAGAGUUUAAAGCAACAAACAAGAAGAACGGCGAUCAAGAUCAACUCCCUGAACCAGUGGAGCGAAAGCAAAUUCUCUCUGCCAAUAGGGUUCUUAAUGUUCUCAAGCGCAUAAGUGAUGAGGAUUGUCUUUUGUUGGGCCUGGAUCCUAAAUAUGCUCGUCCUGAUUGGAUGAUACUGCAAGUCCUUCCAAUUCCUCCGCCGCCUGUGAGACCAUCUGUCAUGAUGGACACUUACUCCAGAAGUGAGGACGAUUUGACUCAUCAAUUAGCGAUGAUAAUUCGGCAUAAUGAGAAUCUGAGGAGGCAAGAGAGAAAUGGAGCCCCAGCCCACAUUAUAACAGAGUUUGCUCAGUUGUUGCAGUUUCACAUUGCAACAUACUUCGACAAUGAUCUUCCAGGGCAACCAAGGGCCACUCAGCGUUCUGGAAGGCCUAUCAAGUCAAUCUGCAGCAGGCUGAAAGCAAAAGAAGGCCGGGUUAGAGGAAACUUAAUGGGGAAGCGCGUUGAUUUCUCAGCUCGUACCGUCAUCACACCAGACCCGAAUAUCAACAUUGAUGAAUUGGGGGUGCCAUGGAGUAUUGCUUUGAAUCUGACAUACCCAGAAACUGUUACUCCAUAUAACAUCGAGAGGUUGAAAGAACUGGUAGAAUAUGGGCCUCACCCUCCCCCAGGUAAGACAGGUGCCAAGUACAUUAUCAGGGAAGAUGGCCAGAGGCUGGAUCUUCGCUAUCUGAAGAAAAGUAGUGAUCAGCAUUUGGAGCUGGGUUACAAGGUGGAAAGGCACCUUGUUGAUGGAGAUUUUGUUCUUUUCAACCGGCAGCCCAGUCUUCACAAAAUGUCUAUCAUGGGGCAUCGCAUCAAAAUCAUGCCCUACUCAACUUUCCGCCUCAACUUGUCUGUCACAUCACCAUACAAUGCAGAUUUUGAUGGGGAUGAAAUGAAUAUGCAUGUUCCCCAGUCAUUUGAAACCAGAGCUGAGGUUUUAGAGUUGAUGAUGGUGCCAAAGUGUAUUGUGUCACCUCAGGCGAAUAAACCUGUUAUGGGUAUUGUCCAGGACACACUUCUUGGCUGUCGAAAAAUUACCAAAAGGGAUACUCUCAUCGAAAAGGAUGUAUUUAUGAACAUCUUAAUGUGGUGGGAAGAUUUUGAUGGGAAGGUCCCUACCCCUGCCAUUUUGAAACCAAAGCCGAUUUGGACAGGCAAACAAGUUUUCAACUUGAUUAUCCCCAAGCAAAUCAAUUUAAUUAGAUUUUCAGCCUGGCAUGAUGCUGAUGCUGAAAAAGAAAGCGGAUAUAUUACUCCCAGCGAUACUAUGGUACGGAUAGAGAAGGGAGAGCUUCUGUCUGGUAUACUUUGCAAAAAAACACUUGGGACAUCAAUGGGAAGUCUUAUUCAUGUUAUUUGGGAAGAGGUAGGGCCAGAUGCUGCGCGCAAGUUCUUGGGUCAUACACAGUGGCUGGUCAACUACUGGCUUCUGCAAAAUGGUUUCAGUAUUGGAAUCGGGGAUACAAUUGCAGAUGCAGGUACUAUGGGUAAGAUUAAUGAUACAAUUGCAGAUGCUAAGAAGGCUGUGAAUGAGCUUAUCAAGGAAGCGCGUGACAAGAAGUUGGAACCUGAGCCAGGACGCACAAUGAUGGAAUCAUUUGAAAAUAGAGUGAAUCAUGUUCUUAACAAGGCUCGUGAUGAUGCUGGUAGUAGUGCUCAGAAGAGUUUGUCUGAGAGCAACAAUUUGAAAGCUAUGGUUACUGCAGGCUCAAAAGGCAGUUUCAUUAAUAUUUCGCAGAUGACUGCUUGCGUCGGACAGCAGAAUGUUGAGGGCAAGAGGAUCCCAUUUGGAUUUGCUGGUCGUACAUUGCCCCACUUCUCGCAAAAUGACAACGGUCCCGAAAGCCGUGGAUUCGUGCAGAACUCUUACCUUCGAGGCCUGACACCAGAGGAAUUCUUCUUCCAUGCUAUGGGUGGUAGAGAAGGUUUGAUCGAUACUGCUGUAAAAACUUCUGAGACUGGAUAUAUUCAGCGGAGGCUCGUGAAGGCCAUGGAGGACAUCAUGGUGAAAUAUGAUGGUACCGUGAGGAACUCCCUGGGUGAUGUCAUUCAGUUCUUGUAUGGAGAAGAUGGCAUGGAUGCUGUUUGGAUUGAACCGCAGAAAUUGGACACCCUGGGGAUGAAAAAGGCCGAGUUUGACAACGUAUUUCGUUACAAACUGGAUGAUGAGAACUGGAGGCCCACUUACAUGUCGCCUGAACAAGCUGAUGAUUUGAAGACCAUUCGUGAUAUCAGAAUUGUGUUUGAGGCAGAGAUUCAGAAAUUAGAAGCUGACAGAUUACAGCUUGGGACUGAAAUUGCCGCGACUGGCGACAUUACAUGGCCUAUGCCUGUCAACCUCAAGCGGCUUAUCUGGAAUGCUCAAAAGACUUUCAAGAUUGAUUUGAGAAGACCUUCUGACAUGCACCCGAUGGAAAUUGUGGAAGCAAUGGAUAAGUUGCAAGAAAGACUCAAGGUUGUCCCAGGAGACGAUGCCAUGAGCAUCGAGGCUCAGAAGAAUGCUACUCUGCUCUUCAAUAUCCUGCUCCGUAGCACAUUUGCUAGUAAGAGGAUAUUGAAAGAAUACAAGCUCACAAGGGAAUCUUUCGAAUGGGUCAUCGGUGAGAUAGAAUCGAGAUUCCACCAGUCUUUGGUAGCUCCUGGUGAGAUGAUUGGAUGCGUAGCUGCACAGUCCAUUGGAGAACCAGCAACUCAGAUGACGCUGAAUACUUUCCAUUAUGCUGGUGUUAGCGCCAAGAAUGUCACCCUUGGUGUCCCCAGGUUAAGGGAGAUCAUUAACGUCGCCAAGAAGAUAAAGACCCCGUCGUUGUCUGUUUUCCUAAAGCCUGAGGUGAGCAAGAAGAAAGAAUUGGCCAAGAAUGUCCAGUGUGCCUUGGAGUACACUACGCUACGUAGCGUGACCCAUGCCACCGAGAUAUGGUAUGAUCCUGAUCCUCUAGGAACCACCAUUGAAGAGGAUGUGGAAUUUGUCAAGUCAUAUUAUGAAAUGCCUGAUGAGGAUAUUGACCCGGAUAAGCUGUCUCCUUGGCUGCUGCGUAUCGAACUGAACCGUGAGAUGAUGGUAGAUAAGAGGUUGAGCAUGGCUGAAAUUGCAGAGAAGAUCAGACAUGAAUUUGAUGAUGACUUGUCAUGCAUAUUCAAUGAUGAUAACGCGGAUAAGCUCAUUCUUCGUAUCCGCAUUAAAAAUGAUGAUGAAACUCCAAAACAGGAUGAGGAUGAUGAUGUCUUCCUCAAGAAGGUUGAGAGUAACAUGUUGACUGAGAUGGCCCUUGGAGGCAUUGCAGAUAUUAACAAGGUCUUCAUCAAAGAGAAGAAGGUGAAUAGAUUUGAUGAAAAUGAUGGUUUCACUCAAAAAGAAGAGUGGAUGCUUGAUACAGAAGGUGUAAACCUCUUGGCAGUGAUGUGCCACGAGGAUGUUGACGCUACAACGACAAGGAGUAACCAUCUGAUCGAAGUGAUUGAGGUUCUUGGGAUCGAGGCUGUCCGCAGGUCUCUCUUGGAUGAGCUGAGGGUGGUGAUAUCUUUUGAUGGGUCCUAUGUGAACUACAGGCAUCUGGCCAUUCUCUGCGAUACCAUGACAUACAGAGGUCACCUGAUGGCUAUUACUAGGCACGGUAUCAAUCGUAAUGACACAGGACCUCUCAUGAGAUGUUCUUUUGAAGAAACAGUGGAUAUCUUGCUUGAUGCUGCUGUGUAUGCGGAGUCUGAUUACCUGAGAGGUGUCACCGAGAACAUUAUGCUUGGCCAGCUCGCUCCUAUUGGUACAGGAGGCUGUGGAUUGUAUCUGAAUGAGGAGAUGCUGAAGCAGGCCAUUGAGCUUCAACUCCCGAGCUAUGUUGAAGGUCUGGACUAUGGCUAUGGCAUGGCAUCAGCGCAUUCAUCCAUCUCCGGGACACCGUACCAUGAUGGAGGAAUGAUGUCGCCAGUGCUGAGUCCAAAUUUCCGGGCUUCCCCCGUUACAGGUGCUCAGUUCUCGCCAUAUGUUGGGGGCAUGGCAUUCUCUCCCGUCCCAUCAAACUACAGCCAAUCCUAUACGUCUGGCCCUCCUUCCUACAGUCCGACCAGUCUAUCAUACUCGCCAACAUCGCCAAUCUAUAGUCCGGUAUCGCCGAUCUGUAGUUCGGCAUCGACAGUUUAUAGUCCAACAUCCCCAGUUUAUAGCCCGACAUCCCUUUCAUAUAGCCCAACAUCGCCAGUUUAUAGUCCAACAUCGCCAGUUUAUAGCCGGACAUCUCUUGCAUACAGCCCCACGUCACCAUCCUAUAGUCCAACAUCGCCACUCUAUAGCCCAACAUCACCAUCAUACAGUCCUACAUUGCCCUCAUCAUACAGCCCUACGUCGCCUGGUUACAGCCCGACGUCACCGAGCUACAGCCCGACAUCACCGAACUACAGCCCUACGUCACCGAACUACAGCCUGACAUCACCGAGCUACAGCCCUACUUCACCGAACUACUGCCCGACGUCACCGAGCUACAGCCCUACUUCACCGAACUACUGCCCGACGUCACCGAGCUACAGCCCUACUUCACCGAACUACUGCCCGACGUCACCGAGCUACAGCCCUACUUCACCGAACUACUGCCCGACGUCACCGAGCUACAGCCCUACUUCACCAAACUACUGCCCGACGUCACCGAGCUACAGCCCUACUUCACCGAACUACUGCCCGACGUCACCGAGCUACAGCCCUACCUCACCGAACUACUGCCCGAGGUCACCGAGCUACAGCCCUACGUCACCUUCGUACAGUCCUUCACAUGCUUAUUCUCCAAGCAGCCCAAAGAUGAUGAGCCCAUACAGUCAAGCUCCUCCAAACUACAGCCCUGCCUCGCCGACUUACUCGCCCACCUCACCAUCAUAUGCACAACCAAGCCCAUCGUACAGCCCGACAAGCCCGCACACUACCUCUGGAGGACCUAGCCCAGAUUACAGCCCAACUUCCCCCAACUACAGCCCCAGCGCAAGCUACUCCCCAUCAUCCACCGGGCCGCAAACUACUGACAUGGAUGACGAGACUGCUACUUGAAGCCGCUGACUUGUGAAAAUGGCUGCUGGCUGAUGCAGAACCACCACACAAGGAAACCUAUUCGUGUUUGCUUGUAUGUCUCUGUAACAAGCCUUUGUAUUUUGGCUGCGCUGCUAAAAGCAGCACUAGAGUGUAUAUAUACAAUCGAUGUAAUACGCCUCUUAGAGAGAAAAAAUAAUGCCUUGGCUGUUCAGAACAGGCAAGCCUUUGAUGUUGUGUUGUGGAUCGGAUUGUAAUGCUUAUGUUUCUCUUGGAGAGAAAAAAUAAUGUUUUCCGUUGUGGGGCUUUUGGCCUACAGUGUAGAGUAAAAAUGUUUCAGUUGGAGCUUAGCCUUGUUAUUUCGUCGAAGUUAAUGCAAUGACAAAUUGUGGUGCCUAGCUUGCUAAGACAAUGAAUCAUUCGUCGCUGCUAACUCAGUUGUUCAGGUAAGGGAGAGUGAAAAGUUUAUCUUGCAGGAA